GUCGUGUACACCGUCCUUCAAGCCCCUCUCGCCAUCAAGAUGCCUAAGGCCGCCGCCGGAAAAGCCACUACUUCCAAGCACAAGUUCAUCAUCGACUACUCACGUCCUGCAUCAGACGGUGUUUUCGAUGGCGCUGACUUCGAGAAGUUCCUCCAUGAUCGCAUAAAAAUCGACGGCAAGGCUGGACAGCUUGGCGAAAACGUUAAAAUUGUCCGCGAUGGAGACUCCAAACUCACUGUCACCUCCAACGUUCCAUUCUCGAAGCGGUACCUUAAGUACCUCACUAAAAAGUUCUUGAAGAAGAAUACCCUCAGAGACUGGAUUCGAGUUGUUGCAUCCUCGAAGGAUGUCUACCAACUCCGCUUCUAUAACAUCGCACGCGAUGAUGGCGAGGAGGAGGACGAGUAAUCCCGUCACUUACCCAUCGAGUAUGAAGUAAACACACUUCAUAUUUACUGCUGUUCGGCACAUUGGCUGAGGCACCUCAGCGACCAUUGUAUUCUAUAAGGCUCUAGGGUAAACGCUAUGCACUAUGGAAUGUCCUC